UGCAUUAGUUCUAUUCUAUUUUAACCAACAUAGUAGUCUUCGUUGACCUGUUCCACAGAUGAUGUUUGCUUUUAGUUGGGCUCUCGUCUUCCCCGUUGCAUUUAUGACUCUCAUCGGCAGAUGCAACUAGCCCUAAAUCGGAUUGCUUAAUUUUUUCACAGCUUUACUCCUGAAACAAUUUGUAAUCUCACAACUUAAGCACAGGAGAUAUAUGAAUCUUUGUUCGGGCGUGAAGCAGGAAAUGCCAAUUCUCAACUGAGCAGAAUGGAGAAGGCCAAGAUAAAAAAGGCAGGAUUGUUGUUGGAUAUUCCUUAUGAUGUACUGUAUGACAUACUACUAAGACUACCUGUAAGUUCACUCAUACGAUUCAAAGCUGUGAACCGAUACUGGCAUUCUUUGAUUUCAAGUCAUGGGUUUGCCGUUGAACAUUUCAAUAUUCAAGCUAAUAGGGUAAGACCUAGCCCUCGUAGAUAUGGAGUCAUCCAUGUAUCAAGCAUUCUGCAACAACAACUGCCUCGUCUUUCUCUAUACAUGCACAGAAGAAUUGAAGAAGAAGAAGAUUCAGAAACUGCUUUAGUGGAGGCUGUAGGGGUUCGUAAUACUCUUGAACUGCUAGAAGAUUACAAAAGCACCCAUGACACUCGGGUCUUUGGUUCAUGUAACGGGUUGUUGCUUAUAGGUCACGAUAAUGUGCCAAAGUGCUUCGUCUUGUGGAAUCCAUUAACUGGGCAGGAGAAGAGGUUACCAUUGAAUCACUUUAGCGAUUUUCCUAUGAAUUUUAUGGCUGGCCUUGGUUAUGAUUCUUCCUCUGAUAAUUUUAAAGUGGUUGUGGGAGUUUUUGAUGGAGACACACGGUUAACCAAAGUUGCUGUUUAUAAUCUUAAGACCAAUUCCUGGGCUACGGUGGAAAAUACUGAAACCCGUUAUGAGUUUUCUUCGAACAAACCAGGGAUCACUCUAACAAAUGGAGCUCCACAUUGGAUGCUAAGGCAUGGUGAUACUGGCGGUUUAGUGAAUAUUCUAGUUUACUUCGAUUUAGUUGAGGAGAACUUCAAGGAGUUGCCACUUCCAGACGCGCUAGUAUCUCGUAAGAACAUUUUUCUGAGUUCUUGCAAAGGUUUCCUUUGUGUAGGUGGAUAUUCUUAUGUAUCUUCAAAAAGUUACACGAUCUGGAUAAUGAAUGAAUAUGGUGUGAAGGAGUCUUGGACUAUAUUGAUGGAAAUCCCAGACAUUAGACCUUGUUACCAGAUUCUAACAUUUCAACAUUUGAUGUCAUUGCGCAUUCCAAAGAAGUCUAAAGCUCUAAUAUUGUUAGAUUGGAAUAGUGUAGCCAAAUAUAGUAGUCUAGGAAGUAAGGGUACGGCUGUUUCCUUCUCUGGUGAUCAAGAAGGGUUGAUGGUAGCUGCAUUCGUGGAGAGUCUUAUAUCACCCAAUAGUUUUGGUUGAUGGCAAGAGCUCUUGCGAGGGGUUGAAAGACGAAAAAUAGGUGAGAUGGUAAUUCUUUUACCUUGGUAUCUUCAUUUUCUGUACAUCUCGUUCGCCCCCUUUAAAAUACUGAAAUAUUAUUUGGCCUCUAAAAUCCAUGUUAUAUUAGAAAAAAAAAAAAAAAAA